AUUACACUAGUAAACAAGCGUUUAAGAAUCAUUUAAAGACAAAUUUAAUAAAGUUAAUCAUCUAAAAUAAUUAUUUGCUCUUUCGUUUGUACUAUUGUGAAAUGAAUAUAUAAAUACAUAUUUUGAAUCAUUUAAAGCAUUUUUUAAAAAGAAAUUUGUUUUUCUUAUUUGAAUUGAAUAAUUGAAUAAAUAAUACAAUGGAUGCUGAUCAUAAUCUUAUUCUUAGAGAUUUUAAUGAAAAAUAUUCGGGUAGUAAAUGGUCUGAUUUUCAACAGACUGGACCUGACCAUAUGCCAAUAUUUAUUGUUGAGUUGAUUGUUAAUAACAUAAAGUAUGUUGGUAAAGGACCAACAAAAAAAAAAGCCAAAAUAGAUGCUAUUAUAAAUUCUGAUCUUAUAAUUAUUUCAAAUAAUCCAAGUUCAACAACCAACAAAAGAAAAUGGCAUGAACCUUAUGAAGAAUAUAAUAUUCCUUCAAUAAAAAAAUCAUCAGCAUCAGUUCAAAUGGUUCCAAAAUCAGCUAUAUCAAUUCUUCAUGAGCUAUAUGCUGGUGAAAAAUUAGUAUUUGAGCAGGAACUAUCACAUGGGUUAUUAGAAACUAUGAGUGUUACUAUACAUGGUUGUAAGUUUAUAGGUUAUGGACAGAAUAAAAAAGAAGCUAAAGAAAUAGCAAGCCGUAAUGCACUAAAAGCUAUAUUUGCAUCUCAACCAAUUGAUAAAAAAUAUAAAGAAGAAAUAGAAAUAUUGAAGACUGAUUAUGAACAAGCAAAAUUCAUUGAUCAUUUUGCUGUCAUAACUGAUAUUAUUUAUCAAAACUUACCAUUUGUUGAUCAUAAAUAUAAAGAAUAUUGUGUUAUUGCUAGUAUUAUAAAGCUAACCAGAAAUAACUUAGAAUCUGCAGAGGUUAUUUGUCUAGCAACAGGAACAAAAUGUAUGUCUGGUGAUAAUUUAAGUCUUGGUGGUGAAUCAUUGCAUGACUGUCAUGCAGAAAUAUUAAGUCGUAGAUGUCUCAUACUAUAUUUUUACAGUCAACUUAGGGAUUUUAUUGAAAAAAAAAAAUCAAUUUUUGUAUUAAAUAAUAAAACAAAAAAAUUAAAAUUAUUAGAAGAUAUUAGUUUUCAUUUAUACAUAAAUACAGCUCCUUGUGGAGAAGCAAGAAUAUUUAGUUUUUCUGAUACUGAACGUCAUCCAAAUCGUUUAAAUAGAGGUCUUCUUCGAUCUAAAAUUGAACAUGGUGCUGGUACAGUUUCAGUAUUUGGUCGGGAAGUACAAACAUUUGAUGGAAUUGCUCAAGGAGAACGUUUGAUUACAAUGUCUUGUUCUGAUAAAAUAACAAGAUGGAAUGUUUUAGGACUACAAGGAUGCCUAUUAACAAGUUUCAUUGAACCUGUUUACUUGGAAUCUAUAUCAGUUGGCAGUGUUUUUAAUGAAGAACAUAUGAUCCGAACAAUGUAUGGUAGACUUGCUAAUAAUAUUGAAAAAUUACCAGAUCAGUUUAGAUUACAUAAACCUGAACUACGUGGUUACAGUAUAUUGCCCCGAAGGAAUAAUACACCUACACCAUAUUGUGUGAAUUGGAUUAAGGACAAAGGUAUAGAAAUAGUUAAAGGAAAUAUUGGCCGUACAGUUGACAAUAAAAUUUCAAGGCUUUGUAAAUAUAAUUUUGCUAAAGAAUACAUUGAUAUUUGUAAUACAUAUAGUAAAAAUACAAAGAUACCCAGAGAUAAUAAUAAUAAAGUAUCGUAUGAUAUGUUAAAAAAAUGUAAUGAAACUUAUGAAACUGUUAAGCAAACAUUAUUUUCUGUUUUCAAGUUAUCUAAAUUUGGUUCUUGGGUGAAAAAACCCGAAGAGAUGAAAACAUUUGAGUUAGACUUUGUUUAAUAUAUUAUUUAUUACAUUAUACAAAUUAACAAUUAGUAUAUAAGAUUCAGUUCCUCUUACAAAUUAAUUAACUUUUAUAAAUUUUCAUGUGAUGUAUAUUUUUUUUUGUAAUUUAUUAUUACUUAAUUUUUAUAUAGGGACAACAUGAACCACUAAUUUAUUGCAUGUCUAUUAAUUUUUUUUUAUAUAUAAAUCAUUUACUUAAGAAAAAAAGAAAAGACAAUUUUAAGAAGUAAGAAGUUAAAAAUCUAUUUACCUUAAUUAACUAUAAAUA